GAAACUUCACCAAAAAUUCACUCAUCGAUUUAACGAUCACGAGGUCUGAAUCUAUCAACAUAAAAAGUUUUGUUGCAUAUCUGAGUCGAGGAGGAGAAUUGCAAAGUUUUAGUCGGAUUUAGACAGGUCAAAGGGUCUCUCUCGCCAAAUUCACACAUCUCAACAUCCACCCCACCAAUUUCCUUACGGUUACUUGUGUUUUGAUCACCGCGAUCUUCUUAUUAUAUUCGAUUUAAUUAUUUUUGUAAAAGAAGAAAUCAUGGGUUCUAUUCCAAGAGAGUUUUCUGCUCCACCUCAAAAGGUGGUCUUCAAGGGGCUACUUUUCGAUAUGGAUGGUACUAUUAUUGAUAGUACCGAUGCUAUCGUUAAGCAUUGGCAUCAGCUAGGCAACGAAAUAGGAGUAGAUCCUAAUGUGAUUUUACAGACAAGCCAUGGAAGGAGAAGUAUUGAUGUCUUGAAGAUUAUUGCUCCAGAGAAAGCAAAUUGGGAUUGUAAGCUCCAUUAUUGUCUACUCCUAGUCCAGAACUUCCAAUUAUUCAUCUACUGCUCCCAUCUUUUACAUUUUCCCUUGAAUCGGCGAGAAGUCUUUUGCUUGGCUUAUUUUCAUGGUACCUACUAGCGAGGUAUUAAGAAAAUACAUCGAAAAUCAAGUUUAGUUCUUGAGUCUUUUUGUUUUUGAAGACGUAACGGGGUUAAAGGAGAAUUAGUCAAUUCUCAAUCCGAGUGGAAUCUAUACUCUAGCUAGAUUACCGACCAUAUUCAAACGUAUUAGGCGGCCAAUCAAUUUCGGCUCUCCUCAUACAAAAUAUAUCUAUCAAGCCCGCAAGUGCAUCUCGCUAUAGUUCUACCCCCUCAGUUUCACACACCAUCAUGUUACCAUGCUAUCAGAACUCUUCUCCACCACCUAACACCCCAUGCAGACAUAAAACACAUGGAAGGACUCCUCCCCAAAAACUACGGCGACGACGCCGUCGAAAUCCCCGGCGCACGCUCUCUCCUCUCCUCUCUAACCGCCGCCUCCCACCCCUGGGCCAUCGUAACAUCCGGCACCUCCCCCCUCGUAACCGGCUGGCUCAACGUCCUCCAACUCCCCAUCCCAGAACAUCUCGUCGUCGCAGAAGACGUUCCAAACGGAAAGCCUGAUCCCGCCUGCUACAACAUGGGCAAAUCCAAACUAAACCUCUCCUCCGCUCCGGAAGGCUCCCUCCUCGUCCUCGAAGACAGUCCCGCCGGUAUCCGCGCUGGCAAAGCAGCCGGGUGUAAAGUAGUAGCCGUAGUAACCACACACACCAUCGAACAAGUCGUCGAAGCCGGCGCCGACUGGGUUGUGAAAGAUUUGGAAAGUGUGAAGGUUGUAGGAAAAACAGACGAGGGUGUUGAGUUAGAAAUUUCAAAUGCUUUGAUCUAAAUCUGUGGAGACAGGAAAAGGAUGGAUAUUCAGCGUGCAUAUAUACAGAUAGAUAGAUAGACAGUUACUCAAUCAUUGGAAUUCCAGUAGUAGAGAAUAUAUAGAAUACAAGCA